UUGCACUACUAACUAAUCAAACAUUACGAAAUAUGUGGCUACUUUUCUUCUUUUAAUGCUGUGGACAUUUAAAAAUUAACUCUGGAGGAAGCCGUCGCCUUGUUGGAACUGUAUUUAGUUGUAAUGAUCAUUUCUUUUUCCUGGGCCAUUUAUUUUAUAUUCGUGUCGAAGCCUUUGUUUGGGAAAAAUUAGCUAAGCUGGCGUUAGCGAUGGGUCGAUGACAGAUUGCAGCAGAGCAGAGUUUGGCCGAACAAGGCUCGGCUUCUUGCACUGGUGACACUGUGAAGAGACGAAAUGGAUUUCUCUAAAUUUCUAGACGAUGACUUUGAUGUGAAGGACUGGGUGAACGGCGCCUUCAGGGUGGUGCAGAAGGACGCGCCAGGGAAGGCGGACACACACGCAGCCACACUGGUCAUGAAACUGCAGUUGUUCAUCCAGGAAGUCAACAAUGCUAUUGAGGAGAGCAGUAAUCAAGCUGUCCAGAACAUGCCCAGAGUGCUGCGAGAUGUGGAGGCUGUGAAACAGGAGGCUUCCUUCCUAAAGGAGCAGAUGGUGCUGGUCAAAGAGGACAUCAAGAAGUUUGAGCAGGACACUGUGCAGUCCAUGCAGGUCCUGGUAGAGAUUGAUCAAGUGAAAGGUCGCAUGCAGCUGGCAGCCGAGGCUCUGCAGGAGGCAGACAAAUGGAGCACAUUGAGUGCAGACAUUGAGGAGACCUUUAAAACACAGGACCUUGCAGUGAUCUCCUCUAAGUUGACGAGCAUGCAGAACAGUCUGGCCAUGCUGGUGGACACACCGGACUAUUCAGAAAAGUGUGUCCACCUGGAGGCUCUGAAAAACAGACUAGAGGCGUUGGCCAGCCCCCAAAUAGUAGCAACCUUUAAUUCCAUGUCUUUAGACCAAGCCAAGCUGUUUGUUAAAGUCUUCACUGAAAUAGAUAGAAUGCCACAGCUCCUCGCCUACUACUACAAGUGUCACAAGGGCCAGUUAGUGAGCAUGUGGCAGGAUCUCUCUCAGACCGAGCUCAGCCUGAACCAGCAGCUUGCUGAGUUCUACGACACCUUGCUCUCUUCAUGGCACUCUCAGCUCCAGUGGAGCAGCCAGGUGUUCAAGAACCCUUACGAGGUGGUGACAGUGCUGCUGAUCCAGACUCUGGGGGCCAUGGUCCCAUCCAUCCCUGUGUGCCUGAGCACAACUAUGGACCGGGCAGCCCAGGAGCAGCGUCUCGACACCCUGCUGGAACUCAACCACACCAUGUCCACCUUCGGACACAGCCUAGAGGCUGCCAUGCUGCCUCACCUGGGUGAGAAUAACCUACUGAAGGUGAACGAGCUCGUCUGUGCGCUGUAUGACCCCUAUAAACCCUACCAGAUACAGUACGGUGAUCUGGAGGAAGCUCACCUCCUCAUCCAGAUCAGCGCUGUACCUUUGGAACAUGGGGAGGUAAUUGAUUGUGUAGAAGAGCUGAGCCACUCUGUUAGCAAACUGUUUGGCCUGGCCAGCGCUGCUGUGGACCGCUGUGUGAAACUGACUGAUGGACUGGCCGUGUGCGGCCUCCUCAAAGCUCUCAAAGCCCUUUUCACAAAGUAUGUGUCUGACUUCUCCACAACGUUGCAGUCAAUCAGGAAGAAGUGCAAACUGGAGGACACACCUAGUUCAUCUGUUUUCCAGGAGGACUGGACGGCCUUCCAGAACUCAGUCAGAAUUAUUGCCACUUGUGGAGAGUUACUUCGACAGUGUGGUGCCUUUGAGCAACAGCUGUCAAACAAGAUCCUGGGCACGGCAGGUAAGUACUUGUCAGAGUCCUACAGCCCCCGCAGCCUGACAGGCAUCCAGGAGGCAAGCUCCACAGAGAGGAAAAGCGCCACCAAGAACCCCUGGCAGGAAUACAACUACCUUCAGAGGGGCAGCAUGGCUGAAUACAACAGCCUGAUGGAAGUCCUCUACUCAUUAAAGGAAAAAGGCACAGGCAACUCCAACCUGUUAGCUGAGUCCAGAACAGCUUUGACCAGACUGAACCAACAGGCCAAUCAGCUGGCCUUCGACUCUGUCUUCCUACAGAUCAAACAUCAACUCUGCCUCGUCUCCAAGAUGGAGAAUCAAGAGUCAGCUGGUUUUGGAGAGAGCUACACAGAGGAUCUACCUACUUUCAGCCUGUCACCACAAGAAUACAUCACAAAUAUAGGUCAGUACCUGAUGUCUCUGCCACUCCACUUGGAACCGUUUGUGACACAGGAGGAUCCAGCGCUAGAGAUGGCCCUACAUGCUGGCAAGCUGCCUUUCCCUCCAGAGCAAGGUGAUGACCUUCCUGAGCUGGACAACACUGCCGACUACUGGCUGGGCUCCAUCGCUCGGGCAACCAUGCAGACGUACUGCGAUGCCAUUCUGCUCAUCCCCCAACUGAGUCCCCAUUCCACUAAACAGCUGGCCACAGAUAUCGACUAUCUGAGCAAUGUGAUGGAUGCUCUGGGCCUGCAGCCCUCCCGCACCCUCCAGCAGAUUGUCACCCUGUUGAGAGCCAAACCAGAAGACUACAGACAGACCGCCAAACUGCUGCCUCGUCGACUGUCCUCCACCAUAGCUGCCCUCCGCUGCAUUGACUACUAACGUCAACAAAGGGAGAGGAAGACUGACUGUGUAGGUACAGUUGGCGGUCAGAGCAGCACUGCAGACUAGCAGGGCAUCUUCAACCUAUUCCCUGUGUUGGUAACAAAAUGCAGAGGAAUGUGUUAUCAAUUACAGCCCUUAAGUAAUGUAAUGAUUCCCACUUGCGGCAUUUUAGGACUCUCCUGUCCAAAUAGGUAUGGGAUUUAUGGGAAUGUUAAGAGAUGGAAAUCAGGAUGGUUCUGAGUUUUUUUUAUAUUGAUUAAUAUUAAAGUGUGACUUUAAAUUAUGUCUCAGCAGUGAUAAUGCCUUCAAGUUAAGCCAAAAGGUGGAAGUGUCUUGGCUUUUGCAUCUUUAGCCCUGCUUUUAUUUGUUACAGAACAUCUAAGGGAAUAACACAAUGUACAUUAGGGGAUGUUUGAGAGCAUUUGAAAUCUUACUGAUUAUAUUUGUUGUUAAUUAUUUGUCAUACUAAUAUAAUUAAUCUAUAAUAUUAAAUUAUCUUAGGCAAUAUUUCUGAUAUGAGCUGUAUAGUUUUUUGUUAACCAAGCUUCAUAUCCAGCCGUUGACUCAAGGUGAAGGUAAUCUUUCUUUCUCUUGUUGUAGAAGGCGCUGGACAAAUAAUAUGGAUGUAGAUAUUUUUCCAUGUAGUGUCUUGAAAACUUGUACAUAAAAUAUUUACAUCAACACUA